UUUGUCGAUAUCUUGCUGCUUUAUACAAAAUAUCUGCGAUCGACUCGUAUUAUUUUCACAACACUGUGGUCAAUGCAUCAUCAUCGUGCAUAUCUGUACAUGUUCUCGUGGGAAGAUUACAUGAAUGAUUUUGUGGUUGGUUACACAAUACUGCGACCGGCUGUGUGAAAGAUUCAGAUGAACCUCAUUGGAGAGGGAAAAUGCAUACAGACUGGAGGGACGUUUCUCAUCAUGGCUGAGCAUUUAUCCCAGAGUGAACUGGACUAUCCUUUUAAGCUUUUGGAAUAUUUCAAUGGAUUCAGGAUCUCCAAGGAAACUUUUGGCCUCCCAUCUGAAGAGAUCUUCUCUGCCAUAUACAGGUCAGAAGAGGAGAUGCUGAAGUUCAUGGGUCUGAUGAACUCUACAUGGGUCAUUGACGGUCAUGACAUAGUGACAGCAUUUGAUCUUUCUAGCUUCAAGACCGUCAUAGAUCUGGGAGGCUGCUCUGGUGCAUUAGCGCGAGAGCUGGCUAAAGAGUAUCCUUCCUCCACUGUCACGGUUCUGGAUCUCCCGGCUGUGGUCCAGACUGCUCAGCGGCAUUUCGCCCAGCAAGAUGACACCAUCUGUUUUCAAGAGGGGGAUUUUUUUGAAGGAGAAAUCCCUCCUGCAGAUUUAUACAUUCUGGCCCGGAUCAUUCAUGACUGGAAGGAGGACAAAAAUCUCAAACUACUGAAGAAGAUUCAUACAGCAUGUCAUCCAGGUGGAGGCGUUCUGAUCGCAGAGGCACUUUUAUUUGAGAACCGCCGGGGUCCAACUAUGGUUCAGAUGUUUUCUCUGAACAUGCUGGUUCAGACAGAAGGGAAGGAGCAUCCACCCUCUCAUUAUACACGUCUGCUCACUGACGCAGGAUUCAGAGACGUGCAAGUCUGUCGGACCGGAAAAUCAUACGAUGCUAUUUUGGCUCUCAAAUGAAAAGUGUAUUGUAAGCGUCGUCAGUAAUCAGACCCUUUCUGCCUUAUCUACAGACACGUCAGUGAUCAUGUUCAUGCACAUGUCAGGCAUCUGUUGUUCCACCUUGGCUUGUUUUGUAAAGUUUUUUUCCAGCACAGAGUGAUCCUUAUGAUUCCUUCAAAAGACAGUUUGAGUACCAAUUAGGUUUAGUUAUUUGUGAACUUGACUCCUGAGGCCUACCAGAUGUAGUCUGAGAAGGGGUGGGAUGAGGAGCUGUUUUGGAUUGGCCAGUGAUGUCAAAAUAAGCUCCUCCCUCUAUCCCGUCUUGUGUAUCUAUGCAGUAUGCACUGUGGUGUUGACACAUGGUUAAGUGUGACCCCUAGUGGUAAAAUAAAAUAAAAACAGCAUUAGUUGAUUUUUAACUAAAGAUAGUCUAGUCUAUCUAAAUAUCAAUUCCUGGCCUCGUUCGAUUUCAUUUUAACAACAUGAUUUUAGUCCUAAUACAAUUAAUUUACCAUCCUUUGACUGAAAAAAAGAAUGCAUUUUGGAAUUUUUUUUUUUAAUGUAUUGUGUAUUUUUUUUCUAGUGAAAACCUUGCACCACCCUUGACUUUGUGCCUCACAUUUAUACUUGUCCAC